ACUUCCCUCCACUUACUCGCUAACCUUACCCAAAAAAAAACUCCAUCACCCAAAACUCAUCCAUUACCAAUUCCCAAUUGCCAAUUGCCAAUUGCCAUGGCACUAGAAGCAGAACUACCAGUACUAGGACUCUCAGAAAAUGGGCCCACAUGGAAACACCUCCUAGGCUCCAACAACUGGGACGGCCUCUUGGAACCCCUUAACGAGGAUCUCCGCCGUCUGAUCCUCCGUUGCGGCGACUUCUGCCAAGUCACAUACGACACCUUCAUCAACGACCCUAAUUCUGAAUACUGUGGUGCUAGCCGCUACGCUAAGGCUGACCUCCUACAAAAAACAUCCUUCCCUGGUGGAUCGGACAAGUAUGAUGUGGUUGGAUUCCUAUACGCCACUGCUCGUGUUGGUGUUCCUGAGGCUUUUCUGUUGAAGUCGAGGUCGAGGGAGAAGUGGGAUAGGGAGUCCAAUUGGAUUGGUUACGUCGUCGUAUCGAAGGAUGAAGUCAGUAAAGAGAUUGGAAGGAGGGAGAUAUAUGUGGCUUGGAGAGGGACUAUUAGAGAUUAUGAAUGGGUUGAUGUUCUUGGUGCUGACCUUCAGUCUGCUAAAUCGUUGUUGCGUACUCAACAAAAUCCUCCUGAUGAAGUGCCAGCAAAAAUAUUGGACUCAGCAGCACCAUCAACAAACAAUGGCACAAACAAUCCGCAAGGAACGAAUUUUUUUUCGUGGAUCAUGUCAUGGUUUCAACAAAACUCUAACAAAAAUCCAGACAACGAAGAUCCAAAAGUAAUGGCAGGUUGGCUAACAUUAUACACAUCCGAAGAUCCAAAAUCCCCAUUUACAAAACUAAGUGCAAGAACACAACUGUUGACCAAACUCAAACAACUCAUCGAUCAAUACAAAGACGAAGAAAUCAGCAUCACAUUCGCCGGACACAGUCUAGGAGCAACACUAUCCAUCGUAAGUGCUUUCGACAUCGUUGAGAAUCUCACCACCGACAUCCCGGUAACCGCCAUCGUUUUCGGUUGUCCAAAAGUCGGCAACAAGGCGUUUCAAAAGAGAUUUGAAUCUUACACUAAUCUUAAGGUCCUUCACGUAAGAAAUGUGAUUGACUUGAUCCCUCUAUACCCGUUCAAACUUUUAGGGUACGUAAACAUAGGUACUGAUCUCGAGAUCGAUACGAGGAAAUCCAAGUUCUUAAAGGACUCGAAAAACCCUAGUGACUGGCAUAAUUUGCAGGCAAUAUUGCAUAUUGUGAAUGGUUGGCAAGGAGUUAAGGUAGAGUUUAAGCUUGUGAUUAAGCGAAGUAUUGCGUUAGUGAAUAAAUCUUGUGAUUAUCUUAAGGAAGAAUGUUUGGUUCCUCCAGCUUGGUGGGUUGAAAAGAACAAGGGUAUGUUGUUGAAUCAGGAUGGAGACUGGGUUUUGGCUACUCCUGAAGAACUUCCUACUCCUGAAUUUGCCUAAUUUCUUUUACUUUAAGGGUUUUAUUUUGGUUGUUGUUAUUGUUAUUUCUUUAAUUUAUUACUAGGUGAGUACUUUAUAUGUCACUAUAUUUAUUUUAUAUCAAUUGUGUGUUGGUUCAGCAGUGUCUGAGCUGAAUUUGGUAGGACGGAUCGCAUGUUCGAUCCCCCUGCAAUAACAAUUGGGAGGGGACUGGACAUAUCCACACAUAACUCACCCCGAAUUCAAAUUAGUCUUAAGGGUGAACUAGGUGAACAAAAAAAAACUAUAUUUAUUUUGUAAUUCCGAUCCCCUCGAAUAAAAAACUUAUUUUGUAAUCCU